ACAGACUCAGACCCAACUUGGGAGAACUAGGAAGAGCGGAGCUGCGGACACACUGAGCGCACGCCCACCGGACCCGCAACCGCAACAUGUUUCAGGGCUUCCCCGCCGACUACGACUCAUCUUCUCGCUGCAGCAACUCGCCCUCGAUGGGAGACUCACAGUACUUUUCGCCCGCCGACUCUUUCUCCAGCCUCGGCAGCCCUGCCAACAGCGCUCAGGAUUUCUGUGGCGAUCCGUUCGUGCCGACGGUGACGGCAGUUAGCAGCAACCGGGAACUACAGUGGAUGGUGCAGCCCAGCCUGCAAUCCAUCGCCCCGUCUCCGGGACGCUCGCACCCUUACAGCAACGCCUAUGCUAGGACAGGCCUCGGCAAAGCUUCGGCUCGCAAGGGCAGGACUGAGCAGCUCAGCCCCGAGGACGAGGAGAAGCGGCGGCUCCGGCGUGAACGGAACAAACUGGCAGCGGCCAAAUGUCGCAACCGACGGCGGGAGCUGACGGACUCGUUGCAGGCGGAAACCGAGCGCCUGGAAAGCGAGAAGUCGCUGUUGGAAGCCGAGGUGGCUGCGCUACUGAAGGAGAAGGAGCGCUUGGAGGUUUCGCUGGCUGCCCACCGGCCGCUCUGCAAGGUGGCCGAGCGGGAGGCCCAGGAAGCGGGGUCCCCGGCACAGCCGACUGACAGGGACCCCCUCUCGGAAGGAGGCGUCGCUGACACGGGCCGCUCCGUCCCCGACCUUGAUUUGAUCAGCCUGGCCGACUGGGAGCCGCUCUACCCGUCACUGGCCGCCGACUGCGAGCCGCUUUGCACCCCCGUGCCCAUCACCACUCCUGGGGCCUUGCCCCCCACGUUCGCCUUCAGCUUCUCCAGUUCCGAUCACCCGGCCGGGCCCCUGAACUCGCCCACGCUGUUGGCCUUGUAGUGGGCUGGUGGAGCAGAAGGACCGGGGGAGUCCGGGCGGCUGUUGGAGGGUGUCCCGGGACGGCAGCACCUGUACAGUUGUAAAUUGUAUAAAUUAUCAAUUAUUUAUUUCGCGGCUUUUCAUCUGUCGUGUUUCCAAUAUCAGUUUUCCAUGAAAACGGUCUGAUUUAAUUUAUUUCUAGAGAUGUUUAUUUUUUCUAUUUAAUUUGUGCAUCAAUAAAAGUUAACCCAUAAACUAUGGUUAUUGUUUACG